UUUGUUUACAAUCUAAGUACGUGCUCUGUACUGUUUAAUAGAUUAUCACAAUGAUUGCAAUUAGAAAAAGAAUUAAAAGGCAUAUGGAAUCAAGAAAGAAGCUCGAUGCAGCAAUGCAUCUUGUUCUCAAUUCUACUAAAAGUAUAUAUGCCGCGGCAAUGCUUAGCGGAAUUAAACAUACCAUUCUUCAACGAAAAAUCAACAUCAUAAAUAAAAUGAUAGCUUAUUUCAAAGAGAAAUCCGCAUAUGAAAAUGCAGUAGAUAUGAUUCUAAACAAAACACGAAUUAUUAUCAAUUAUGAAGAGUACAAAUUUGAUCUCCCAAGACUAAAUGAAGAAAUUGAUCAAUACAAAAAAUUCGGGACAGGACCUUACGAAUAUGACAAACCUAUAAAUCUCAAUACAGAAGUUUUCACAUUUAAUGACGAGAUAUCAUUAUUGUUAAGAUUACGUUGGUGGAAAAAAAAGUCUCUCUCGUCUUGCGUUUGCCAAAUUUGUGCAAUGGAAUAUCUAUUACGUCUAGCUUAUCAAUUCGCCCAAGAAAAUAAUAAAUCAUAUCCCAAAGCGUGGGAUAGAUCUAAGCAAGUGGAUGAAGAAUGGUUGAUUGAUUUUGAAAUGGCACAUAGUAAGGAAUUGUCAAGAAUGUUUCCGCAUGAUGGCAUAUAUAAAGAGUGUAAACGUGAAGAAGAGUCCUCGUUGUUUAAUGAAAAAUAUGUUUUUGAGAUGCCAAGUAAUUUCAAUGUUUGAUAUCCGACAAAUAUUAAUUCAUUAGAAAUGUUUAACGUUAAUACAUAAUAUGUCUCAAAAAGGAAGAUCUAUCCUUCUUAAAAAUGACUACAGAAUGA